AUGCUGCGUAUUUUAUGUUUAUUAUUGAUCGGUGUCGUAUCGUGCAACAACGUUAGAUCGCCAGUAGUUCUAGCUCCCUCUGCUUCGCUAACGCAGCAUAGCCCUGGAAAAGACUCAGGAACACAAACUGCGGGCAAUACGGAAGGGGCAGGGACGCAAGCUGUGGAUACAAGUCAAUCAGCGAAACCAAGUGCGGCUAAGGCUACCAGUGCAGCGAAAGUGGUGAAGACACCUGGUAAGUUAUCAGAUUGUGUGCCUGAAAGAAUAAGAAUGUGA